AGUAACGCGAAAUUUCUAUCAGCAGUGAUUGGAUUUAGUUUGUCUGCAGAGUAGUAAUGUUAAAUAUAGCAGAAGUAAUUGAGAAAAAUUCGGAAACUAUUGUUAGUCUUUCGCCGGCACCUGAGUCGUAUAUAAAACUAACAGAAUGUGUUGAUAAGAUUCCGUUAACCGUAGAUGACCACCUACAGUCCACUUGCAAGCAGCCGUUUGAAGCAACUGGAGUUUUCAAGUAUGUUGUUGCGGAAUAUAAAAUUGCUGCUGAGGGAGAGGAUAUCAAAAAAGUUUAUGAUCUUACGCUUAAAACAGAAUCGGCCGUCACACAUCGAUUUAACCCUGGUGACACAGUAGGAAUCCUGACAAAAAACUUCGAUUACGAUGUUGAUGCUGUAUUGUCACAGUUAAAGAUCGAUAACGACCGGAUAUACUAUCAAGUGGAGAUCGAUACAGCAACCAAAAAGAAAAAAGCAGCAAUUCCACCUUACAUCCCGUCUUUUAUACAGAUUAGAAAAUUGCUUUCUGAAUGUUUGGAUCUAAGAGCGAUACCCAAAAAGCUUUUCAUUAAUGCUCUAAUCAAUUACACAAGUGACGAUGCAGAGAAACGUUUUCUUUCCAUUCUGGGCAAUAAGUGUGGAAAUGCAUUUGAUGAUAUAGUCCUCAAAUCGAGAUUAAACUUUGUCUCGUUACUAUCCUAUAUUCCUUCUUGCAAACCUACGGUUGAGUUGUUGAUCGAACACUUACCUCGGUUAAUGCCACGACCAUACUCGAUCGCUAACUUAUAUGAUAAUUCGCAACAAAGCACAAAAAUUAGAGUAAUCUUUUCUCUAAGAGAACCUAACCCUGGAUUAACAACAUCUUUUCUUGAGGAGUGUUGUAUUAACAAUGCAACAGUUUUCCUUUAUUUUAGAAAAUCGAGCUCCUUUUCAAUCGCUUAUGAUGAUCUUCAGCGAGACGUUAUAAUGAUUGGAGUAGGAACCGGUAUUGCACCAUACCUGGGCUUUCUAGAUCAGCGCGAACUAAUUAUCAAUCAAGGCGAUAAAUCACUGGGAAGAGCAUGGCUCUUUGCUGGGUUUAGAUAUGAACUACGUAACUACAUAUGUCGUGAAGAAAUUGAACGUUACCUGAAAAAGACAGCAUUAACUAGUUUAUCAGUUGCUUUUUCCCGUGAUCAAAAUUACGCCUGUCACUACGUUCAAGACCAAAUGGAAGCUAAUAAGGAGGAUUUAGUUAGGAUCCUGUCGAGUUCAAAUGGUAAGCUAUUCGUGUGCGGAGAUGGAAAAAAAGUCCUGCCACAGGUUGCUAAGAAAAUUGAGGAAAUUAUGAGUGAAGUUCUUGGCAUAAGUAUAGAAGAAUCUGCAAGGCUUAUAAUAGACAAUAAGAAAAAUGGUGCGUAUGUGGAAGAUAUUUGGCUAUGAUUAUUUGUAACUUCAA